AUGAGCGGGAGGAUCCUCUCGCACCGUCUUGUUCCGCUCCUGCGGAAUGGUCUUUUAUCGCGCCAUGUCCACAACGCCGCCGCGCGGACGGGUGGCCUCCUGCGAGCUGAAAGUGGUGCUGCACUGCGCGGUCGCGCCUGGCCUGUUGGGGCAAACUCGAUCCAUAACAAUGUGCCCGCUGUGCGGGCAAUCUCUUUCGCCCGGAUUCUGCCGAAGCUUGCGAGUGAAGCUGUUGAGGGUGCCUGCGAUUAUCAGGCUACACAGGCGGGCAAUUACGCAAUAGACGUGUUUAAACGCGCGGGGGAGACAGCGAGUGAUGCUGCGUCGGGAUUGUUCCAGGGGAUACAAAGCGUCGCUGAGCAGACGCAACGAGGGUGGCAGAAAUCCACAGAGGACAUCGAGGCACCCGAGUGGUUACAGAAAAUACUACGGUUUGACCAGAACUCGCAGGAUGGCGGCUCGUCUAGCGGCGGUGGUGGACAAUCACCGAAAGAGAGCCGGACAGGUGUCGCUGCUGCAGGUGCUGCUGUUGGCACCGUCUUUGGGCAGGAGGACGACGAUAUUCGGGCCAGAAGGGAUGCGGAGAAUGACCAGAUGAUGCUGCUCACUCGGAAGAUGAUUGAGAUUCGGAACAUCCUUCAGUCAGUCGGCCAGUCGGGUACUCUGACUCUGCCCUCCAUCGUGGUAAUUGGCUCGCAGUCUUCUGGAAAAAGCUCUGUCCUUGAGGCUAUAGUUGGACAUGAGUUCCUUCCAAAGGGUUCAAAUAUGGUUACUCGACGUCCAAUCGAACUCACGCUUAUCAACACACCAAAUGCGCAAGCAGAAUAUGGAGAGUUUCCUGCUCUUGGACUGGGGAAGAUCACAGACUUUUCACAGAUCCAGCGGACGUUGACCGAUCUUAAUUUGGCCGUGCCUGAAAAGGACUGCGUUUCCGACGACCCAAUCCAGCUCCAUAUUUACUCGCCAAACGUUCCCGAUUUAUCUCUUAUUGACCUUCCGGGUUACAUUCAGGUGUCCGGACACGAUCAACCACCAGAGUUGAAGCAGAAAAUUGCGGACCUCUGCGACAGGUAUAUUCAGCCACCGAACGUUAUCCUUGCCAUCUCCGCCGCAGAUGUUGAUCUAGCCAACUCGACUGCUCUGCGGGCAAGUCGCCGAGUCGACCCUAGGGGCGAGAGGACGAUUGGUGUGAUUACGAAGAUGGACCUUGUUGAUCCGGAAAGAGGGCUUAGUAUCUUAUCAGAUAAAAAAUACCCUCUACGUCUUGGUUACGUGGGGGUUGUUUCUCGCAUCCCCCAAACCAAUGCUCUAUUCUCUAGAGGAAGUGGAAACAUCACGAGCGCAAUCCUAAAAAAUGAGAACGCUUACUUUUCAGCCCACCCAGCAGAAUUCGGCGCUGAGUCAGGCGUAUCCGUGGGUGUCUCGACUUUACAGAAAAAACUAAUGCACGUUCUUGAACAAACAAUGGCAUCAAGUCUAGCGGGUACUAGGGAUGCUAUCAGUCAGGAACUAGAGGAAGCGACUUACGAGUUCAAGGUCCAGUACAAUGACCGACCUCUUAGCGCAGAGUCAUACCUUGCCGAGAGCCUUGAUGGCUUCAAGCAUUCCUUUAAAGCAUUUGCCGAAAGCUUUGGCCGUCCCCAGGUCCGGGAAAUGCUAAAGGCCGAGUUGGACCAGCGCGUUAUGGACAUUCUGGCACAGAGAUAUUGGAACCGGCCAAUUGACGAUCUGACUCCCCCCAUGGCUGAGCCAGACCCUCUUAGCGAUCUGCCUAAGGCAGAUCCGGAGUCACUAUACUGGCACCGCAAGCUCGACGCCUCGACGUCGUCUCUCACAAAGCUUGGAAUCGGCCGACUUGCUACAACCGUUGUGGCGAAUGCGAUCCAAAGCCAUGUUGAGCGUCUCAUCGCCAACUCUACCUUUGCCGCCCACCCUUAUGCCCAAAAACAGAUUGGCGAUGCCUGCAACAGUAUCCUCAAUGACCGGUUUUUCAGCACCAGCGACCAGGUCGAGAACUGCAUCAAACCAUACAAGUAUGAGAUUGAAGUUGAAGAUCCCGAGUGGACUAAAGGGCGGGAAAAUAUCAGCAAAACGCUGAAAGAGGAACUAAGAGCCUGUGAAGCGGCAUUAAAAAAUGUCGAAGACAGUGUCGGGAAAAGAAAACUCAAAGAUGUCAUCUCCUUCAUCGAUAAGGUUCGGAAAGGAGAAGUUAUCCUUGACGGCGACGGCUCUGGCGGUGCAGGCGGCUUUAGCGCAUCUCUCAUAGCACGAGGCCGGGAAGGCGUCUUCCUCCGCGACCGCGCCGACAUCCUGAAGAUGCGGCUUCUUGCCAUCCGGUCCAAGCAAUGCGCUACCAAAAAUAACAAAUACUACUGUCCCGAAGUCUUCCUCGACGUCGUCGCGGACAAGCUCACCUCCACUGCCGUCCUCUUCCUGAACGUCGAGCUCCUCUCUGAAUUCUACUACAACUUCCCACGCGAGCUAGACAUGCGUCUUGGCCGCCAUCUCUCUGAUGCAGAGGUUGAGCGCUUUGCGCGCGAGGAUCCGCGCAUCCGUCGUCACCUGGACGUAAUUCGUAAAAAGGAGCUUCUCGAACUCGCCUUGCAGAAGAUAGAGAGUAUUCGGCAACUUGAUGGGCGUGGAGCAGGGAAGGCUAGGGGUUUGGAUAGGGAGAGGCCUUUGGGUGGUAGUGGGAAGGGUGAGAGAGGGAGGGGUUGGAAUAUCUUUUGA